GAAGCUCCACCCUCUCCAUCUUCCUGACUGGUCCCUUAAACCUGGGUCCUGCAGUCACUCCUAUCCUCACACUCUAACCUGCUCCACACACUGACAACAUGCUGGGGACACUCUGCACUCUCAUCACUGUGCUCUCAUGUGUCGGCAGUCAGACAUUGUUGACACAGAAACCCUCAAUGCUGAGUUUAACUAAAGGACAGACAGCAACCAUGGACUGUAACAUUGGCCCAGAGGAUAGAUACGCUAUUUGCUGGUACAAGCAGGUUCCAGGCAGUGCACCUCAGUUCCUGCUGUGUUUCUACCGAACACACAACUCUCCCACAUAUGGAGCUGGGUUCUCCUCCAACCGCUUUAACUCCACAGCCCAGGGUAAAACAGAUUAUCAGUUAAUAAUUACUAAUGUGGAGGCAGGAGACUCAGCAGUGUAUUACUGUGAGAAAUGGGUGAACUCUGUGAGUGAGCACGUAUUCGGCCAAGGCACCAAGCUGAUUGUCACUGACUCUUCUCUUGCUGCGCCUACCCUCUCUCUCCUGCCUCCAUCCAGCGAGGAGCUGAAGACAGACAAAGCCACGCUGGUGUGCCUGGCGCAGAUGUCUGUUGGGUUCGCUGAUGUCAGCUGGACAUCAGCCGGGAAACCAGUUACCGGCGGGGUUUUUACCGGCAUCGCCGAACAGAAACCCGACAAAACCUUCAGUUUGAGCAGCUUCUUAACCAUCAAGCCCUCCGAGUGGAUUACCGACCGCGUCUUUACCUGUAAAGUAUCUGUCGGGUCUAAAACCUCAGAGAAAAGUAUCAAAAAGUCUGACUGCAGUGAGUAAAUUAUGGCUAUUAUAUGACUCAUUUUUACUUAUAUUUUGAUUAGCAUAAUUUUCCAUUUGUAAUAGUUUAUAAACCCAUUAUCAGUAGCCUAAAUUGAUUUCUGGCAAUACCUUAAGACUUUUUCAGGAAUAAACUUUCACGUUUAACAUCAUUUUUUGCUUUUAAAUCUAGAAAGUGUGUUUGUUAUCUUUGUGUUUGGAUUGUGAGAUUAAAUAAAGACUGUUGCAUGUUUAAAAAUA